AUGGAUGAGAAAAUGUUCUGGUUAGUGUUAAUCAUGGUUAUUCCCUUUGUACAGUGCGCCAUUCCUGGCACCUUCUUUUGGCGACCUAGACUUGGACUUGAUCUCUCGAUUCCUACUACAGAGGUAUCUGUGAAAAUUAACCUACCGACGAAAGAUAAUGUUGAAGAAGGCUUAGCAGUUCUGGUCGAUGGAUAUCAAGCGGGACUAACCGUGGUGGCACUAGCGUCCGGGUUAUCUAGUGCCAAACCAUACCCACAUCUUAAUCCGCUAUCGGCAUAUUUUUAUACAAAUGCAUACCGAUGGGCGCUUAGACACUUGAGUCUUAUACCACUUUGGAUCGGAGGCCACGGGGGCAAUUACUGCGACACACACAAGGUAUGGCGCCGUCGUUUCUUCUAUAUGGACGAGUUCGUACCUCCGUGGAUGAAGAAAUAUAUGUUUCCUUUCAUUGAUAAAAAUGAGUGGAAGAAAGAAGAAAGUGAAUAUAAAAGAUUCAAGAAGUAUGCAGAGUCAGCUUUCGGAAAACAUUAUCGUUACCCAAGCAAAAUUUUCAAUGAUUUUAGAUCGGAACAAACCAAAGAAUCUGUCGAUAUAAUGGGUUCCUCUUCCAGUUCCACAUGA